UGUAGUUGCAGCAAACAUUUCAGCUGCCAGCAGCCAGACCCCGCUUCUUUUCUUUCUCUCACUCCGCGGCGGUAACACGUUUCUUUUUACUUGCUUCGGUUUUAAUAUUCCUAGAUAGCGAUAAAGCCCUUUUAUUUCUUAUCCCUCUUUCUUUAAGGCAAUAGUGAUUGUAUAUGAGGCUAAGAACGCGUCUUUGUGGAAAAUAACCACCAAAUAAACAUUUUAACCGACGUUGAUUAAGGAGAAGACGCCUGAAUCCGACUGGACUACUAACAGUCCACAGCGCGACAACAAGCAAGGACAUGCAGACGAAAGGUCAGUGAGGAGGAUGACAACAGAAGAAUAGACAGCGGCGAAGGAAGGGAUGAGAAAGAGACUGAAGGAAGUGGAACUCCAAAGUGCCUACUACGAGGGGUCGUCUGCUGCUGUUCUUAGCUGCUGGAUGAGAGCAGGACGGGGCUCAGUGUGUAUCUGGCCUUGAAUGGAGGCUGUAUUUUAUCCUGACAGCCACAAAGUCAUCCAUCCCACGUUGCUGAGCUGCAGUCCCGACAUACCCUGAGCCGAGCCGCCACCUCGUCUCAUAACUGGACAUCAUCCCUAUAAAGGUUCUGGUUUUGUUUUUGUUCUGCAGAAAUCCUCCUUCUCAGGCCGUUCAAACGUAACUACAGCGACUGCAGCACCCUUGGCCAUGUUGACGUGAAUGUAACGGUGACUUACGGUGGGCGUCAGUCUAUUCAGGUGAAGGCACAGACCCUCAGUGUCACAUGCCAGAGUCAUGUCCUCAGACUAGCUUCUGUUUUUUUUUUCUUCGAGACAGAGCUGGCCUCUGCUCACCCCCUCUAACUCAAACUUCAGCUGCCACUUUUCCCAGGAAAGAACAAAUAAACAUCCCCUAAAAUACACCAACCAAAAGGACUUGCUGCCUAUUUGUGCCGAGGAAAAACAGAAAAUAAUUCUGCUUCUGUUUUUUUGCUUGGGAGUUUUUUUUUUCUUGCAUCACUAUUAGUCACCCUUGCUCUCAUCAGUUUUCCGUCCAUCUGCUGCUCAGUGUUUGUGAGCGACUCUGAUGGCUGUCAGCAUGGCCAUGGGAAGGGACACCAAAUGGCUGACCCUGGAAGUGUGUCGUGAGUUUCAGAGAGGCACCUGCUCGCGGCCUGAUGCCGAGUGCAAGUUUGCUCACCCCUCCCGGAGUUGCCAUGUGGAGAAUGGCCGAGUCAUCGCCUGCUUUGACUCACUCAAGGGGCGCUGCACCCGUGAGAAUUGUAAAUACCUGCACCCACCACCGCACCUGAAAACCCAGCUGGAGAUUAAUGGGAGGAACAACCUGAUCCAGCAGAAGGCCGCGGCGGCCAUGUUGGCACAACAGAUGCAGUUCAUGCUGCCCGGAGCACAGUUGCAGCCCAUAACAACAUUCCCAGUGACGCCCUCUCUGGCAACAUGUCCCAGUAUGGCGUUCAGUCCCUAUCUGAGCAACAUGGGCCCAGGCAUGGGCUUGAUGCCUGAGCUGCUGCCCAGUACUCCCCUGCUGGUCCCUGGGAGUCCCACCGGCCUGGCAGCCAUGGGCAACGGCACCUCGGCACAAAAACAUGUGCGCACAGACAAACUGGAGGUUUGUCGAGAAUUCCAGCGUGGUAACUGCACGCGGGGCGAGAGUGACUGCCGCUACGCUCACCCUCUGGAGGCCGGCAUGGUGGACUGCAGCGAGAACUCGGUCAUCGUCUGCAUGGACUACAUUAAAGGCCGCUGCAGCCGAGACAAGUGCAAAUAUUUCCAUCCGCCGGCUCACCUGCAGGCCAGGAUCAAGGCUGCACAGCACCAAGCCAGUCACAACACAGCGUCCGCAGGCAUGGCUCUCCCUCCAGGUGCCGUGCAGCAGGUACCAAAGAGGCCGAUCUUGGAGAAGAGCAACGGAGCUGCUGCUGCCGUCUUCAACCCCAGCAUGUUCCACUACCAGCAAGCCCUGGCUAACAUGCAGCUCCAGCAGCCUGCCUUCAUCCCCACUGUUACAGGCUCUGUUCUGUGCAUGAUGCCCUCAGGAGACUUUGACCCCUCCGAGCUCCUGACUCCUGAUCCGGUGGAGCUCCAGUGCGUUCCAAUGGAAACCCAUUUCUGUCCCGUCCCCAAACUGCUGAUGGCGGCUCCGGUGGCGCUAAACUCAGUAAGCCUUUCCCGAAACCCCAGUUAAAGUCCCUGAAACCUUGCGCACUACCAGGGCGGUCAUCUUCUUUUCUGAAUGCAGCAAACAUGUGCCUCGCCUCCAGUGCACACCGACCGAGUGUGAAACUUCUUUUAAGAUAAUUACAAACAUAAGAAAGCUGCAAUGGUUCACGCAAUACAAGCCUGGACGUAUUACUGUUGCUUUAAAGCAGCCAUCCUGAUGCAUACUGACUCGAUCAGGCUGAGCAAUACAGCUCUCUCGUUCUUACAGCCAUACAUGCCCACACCUUAAAAAGUGCAGCAGACAAGUGUGCACACACACACACACACACACACACACACACACACACACACACACACACACACACACAUUUAGGACUACAUGCCCUUUAUGGGUUGGAGCCAUCACAUGAGGUGACCCAACACUUUUGACUGUUCCAAAGUCAGAAACUCUGAAAAGUUAAUUGUGGAAAUUGAGACCAUUUGAGCAGCAAACGGAAAUGCUGCUGGUCUCAAACCAGUAUGUGUUGUCACAAUGAAAGAGUGUUUCAUAUCAUGUCAUGUUUACGUUUCAAGGUGGCUACAAAUGUAACAUUUGUGUUGUACCAUUCGGUUUGUUCUCAUGGUCUCAUCUCGCCUGAUGAAACGCCAACGAGUUGUUGUUCAUUUGUUUGUGCCUUUGAUUUAUCUGCUCAGCUGCAGAGGAGACUUAGUUUCCCAAAAAUAUUUCGAAACACUUGACAGCAUAUUUUAAGAGAUGUUGUUACUUUGCAUUUAAGGCAAUAUCUGUUGUUACAGAAAAAUAUUGUGUAUCAACUUUUAGCUCCUGAGAAACUCUAGGAAUAACAGUGAUCGCCACUUCAAAUUGUUUCAUGAAUGUUGAGUUUGAUUGAAUCAGUUUUUGUCCCCCUGUUUCACAGCCAGUAUCUGAAUCUUAGCUUUUUAUGUAAUGCAACAACCUUAAAGGGAUAUUUAAAAUUUUCUGAAGUGGGCUCGUAUGAGGUAGUCAGUGUAUUACUGCAGUAGAUAGUGGUUGGUACAUAUGUUAUUGUUUUUUGUAUUUAAAACACCUAACUUGGAACAAAAUCAGUAUCAGUUUAAAUGUAAACUGUAUUUAGAAUAGAGAAUACUUUACCUUACAGUUAGAUAGCCCUGUUUAACUUUACGCAAAGUGAACUGAAGCCAUCAUAUGCUUGCUUCAAAGCUACCAGACUCCAUUGACAAAAACACAACUUUUACCUCAUAGAACACAGGAGUUGCCGGUCUACUGCAGCCUCAAUCAGUUAAUUCAGUUUAUUUGUUAUUGUGUGACUUCUGUAUUUUUAACGAGUUUGUCCUGAUUCACCAAAGUCACAUAAUACCACAAACAAGCAAACAAUUGUAGCAGUAGUAGACCAGCAAUACCUGUGGUCUGCAAGGUAAAAUUACUGUUUUUAUCAAUGGAAUCGGGUGGCUUUGAAGAGAGCACAGCUUCAGUUCCCUCCGCGUGAACCUAAACAUGUCUGUCUGAUGGCAAGGUAAAGUGGUGAAAUAAAACUGAUAUUGAAGUCUUUUAGGUGGGUAAAUACAUUUUGCUGCUGCCCCAUCCAUAGCAGUACAUUAACUAUACUCUGUGUUGGUAUUUCUGCCUGCUUCUCCAUACUAGUGGCGUGCAGACCGCCAUCAACUGUACUACUGUUAAGUACCUCAUACAACCCCACUUCAGUAAAUCCAAAUUAUCCCUUAAAUAACCUAUAAAUUGGCUGAGUGACAUAAAAUGACUUCUGUACUGAAGGUGAUGAGUUGAGAGAUUCUCAAGAAAAUGACUCUUAAAUUCUUGACUUAAGAAACAAACUGCCUUAAAGCAGGUGAAGUCGUGUUAUUCAAAUGGUUGAAUCUGAGGGAUGCAGUAUCUUUAGUUAUGGCUGUGCAGGGUUAUUGUAACAACUGAAAAGAAAGGUUUGUUUGUCCCGUUUUCUCCAUGAUUUGAUAUUGAAACUAAGUGUAGAGGAAUGACAAUCUACAAGCAGAUUUCCUGUGUUUGAAUGAGCUGAAAUCAUAGUAAAUAACAAACUAAUAUUUCUGAGCGCAGUUCUAAGAUUACAGGCUUUUAUAAUUGGCACUUCUUAAACUUUAACACCUCUUAUUGCACAAGACGGGAGCUGGAUUUGUUUCUUGAUGACGUGCCUAAAGUCUGUGUGUGCCAAGCGGUGGUUGGUAUAUGCAAGGAGCUGCCCCCAUUUAAUGCAAAACCUGAAUAAUUAAAUAAAUGAAUGUCUCCCUCUAAAACUCAGAGAUUUAUUUAGAAAAAAAGCCAAUUUGUUUGUGUAAUUAUCUCCUUUCAUGCGGCUUUUGGAUUGAAUAGGUGGCACAAGAUUUUUACGUUUUGUGGCUCUUCAGGGAGAAAGCUUAGAACUUGAAAAUGUCCUGUCUGACUCUGUGUGUCGUCUUUUCUACUGAUGUGUCCUUUUUGUCAGACUCUAAAUAUUGCAGCCACAGCUGUUAUAACCAGAAUUGAGUUUUGGUAAAGUCAGGAGAUGGUGGAAUAAAUCACCCGUUUGAUGUCUGAUGGGGGGAAAAAAGGCAAACGAGUUGGUUUUUUGGUGUUCAAAUAUCUGAAAGAAAUGUAUUUUCUUUGGAGCAAGAAAUUGAAGGUAACGGCUCUGGAAACCAGACUGAAAUCACUUUUAUCCAAAUUCAAAUGUGCCUCUUUCAAGUCUCCUCGAACCACCACUGUCAAAACACUGUAAGAACAGACCAGUGCUCAAGCAUAGAUGUGUAAUUUGGAAAAUUAUUAUAACGGUAAAUCACAUCUGUACUAGUUUCUUCUCCGAGGCAGCUGUGCUGUCUCGUCGUUUGUGUAAAGAAAUAGAUCAGUGCGUUGUGUGCAUACUUCAGUGUGUUGAAAAGACAAUGAAUCACGUAUUUGAUUAGUUGUAAAUGCUGCAGAUAUUACAGCAUUUCCCACUGAACAUUAUUCAUUUUAAAUAAUGUUAUUGUGUCGUGAAUGUAUCUAAUGCAAAAACUCUACACAUGCCCCUCUAAAAGACCGGCAUGUUGAAAUGUAAUGACUCACUAUAUAUAGACUAUUUCUGAGGUCACAUAAGUACCAUGCUGAUACUGUGUUAAGACAUAUUAAAGUAUGUGUAUUGUUAUAUAGAUUUAUAUUUAAUGUCAAUGGAUGGUGUGACUACUUUUAGAAAUAUCUUUCACUCUCAGAAAAAAGGUGGAGCAGGAUUGUACUUGUUGAAGUACAAAUGUACACAGUACAGGUACAUUACAGUACCAUUUCUUACUUUCAGUUGUUUUAUCCCUCCCUCAGAAAGUACCCAAAGUGCCCAAAAUGCACCUAUAAAGAAUGGUAUAAUCAUGGGGCAAAAUUAAGAAAAAUCAGCAUGCUACCCUUCAUUUUUUAGCGUCUUCGUCACAUGAUGUGGAUUGGUCAGUGCUCCUUGUUUCUGUUGACACGUACUGUGUCGACAGCCUGUUCAGUCGGAGUUUUUAAGUGCAUAAUCCCUCACCGGCUUCCCACCCAUUAACCCUAUUAACUGUGUUUUAUGGGCCAAGUGGGACUGACCCUGGAUUUGGGUUCUUGAAUGCCCUUUACCACCAACUGUACCUUAAAUUUAUGUUGAAUUGAUUUAAAUGUAUCCCUUAAAGGAACAGUGCGUUCCUUUCUGAAGUCAGAUGAGAAGAAUGAUACUGCUCUCAUGCUUGUGUAUUAAAUAUGAAGCUAGAACUGCAGACACUUAGCUAAGCAUAAAGACCGUAAACAGAAGGAAAUGUUAAAUACCUAAAAGUGAUAAAAAUACACCUAACAGCACAUUUAAUUGUGUUUGUUUAAUUAGUACACAAACAGAAAUGUAAAGAUUAUCAUCACCAAGACAUAAUGUGUUAAUGGGCUGUAAAAGUGCUGGUGGGUAUAUUUUGCUAGCUCUGGACUCUUGCUUGACUGAUACUGGACUUCUGAGCCAAAAAUCCAUUUGAGUUUUUAAAAUCUAACACCAAUACAUUUGGCAGAUAGUUGAAAAAACAAAAAAAAUGUUGAUACAGAGUCCUUAGAUACUAUGCGGGGUGUCAUGUCAGUGCUAAUGUUGACACUAUUUGUAAUUUACCCAAAACCUUAUUUAGCAUUUCUGUACUGACGUUUCUUAUAACUUGUUAGCUUACAUGUAAUCAAAUAUGAUAUAUAUUGGCUGAUUUAUUGGUCCUACACUACAGAAUUGCACUAGCUUUUCCCCCUUUGUGUCCUGUCUUAAUGCUAAGCUAAUCAAACUGCCUCCUGGCUCAUGCUUCAUAUUUUCCACACAGAUGUUACAUUUAUAUCAAUCUUCUCAUCCAACCCUUUAAGAAGAAGUCAAUAUGCUUAUUUCCCAAAAUGCUAAUAUAUUUAUUCAAGGUAUCACUUUAUCUACAUGGUGGAUCAAGCAUUAGGUAGCCUGUUAUAUGCCUGUUAUCAUACAGAAACAACCGUCUCCUUUAAUCCUGUUUUUGAGUGUGUUGAGCUACAUUUUUUUUUUACAAGUUUUUGAAGUCUUUGAGCAGAAAUAUUUCUCUUCUGUCCAGUGAAGUUGAUCAUUCGAAUGUCCAGACAGUUUAGUUUGUCUUAAUCUUUAAAGCUUUGUCCAGCCAAGUAAACCCCUCCCUCUAGCCUUCGUCGCCUCCCCUCUUCACAUCAUUAUGCCUUCACUUACUGCUGUUCAGCUGGAGAAAAAAACAACAGAAUACUUGAUUAAUAAAUUGUGCCUCCUGAGGGCGUUUGAAUUUCUGCGUACAUUCAGACGUACGUAAAGAGUGAGUUGGAGGAUUUUCUUUGUGGCACGAGAUAAAUUUGUUUGUACCUCUUUCCCUUUCUCAUUGCCUCAUACUUGAUUUCCUUUAGGCCUCACUGUAUUUUCCCAUAGAGUCACGAAUCAUAACUCUGGAAUAUGCAAAAUGCUCUGAUCAUUGCAUCCAGUGACCAGAUCCUUUAGCAUGUGGACAGUAAAUUCGACCCUGAGCUUACUUCUAUUGCCCGGGGCACAAACAAAGAGCCUUAUUUCUUGAUCACUGUAUAAAGAUGUGAUAGCUGUGUAUGAAAGUGACAUGUAUUAAUGGUAAGUUAAGCUUUUCUU